AUGGCCCCAGCGGAGGACUCUCCGACUUUUCAGAAACUCAGGCUCAACACCCGCGCCUCCCCGAAGCCUAUACCCUCCGCCUUCGCCUUGAUCAAGCGCAAUGAUGGCGAGCACCCCGCUAGCCCGUUCCCCGAGCUGGACGACAGCUACUGGCCCCAUGAAGACUCCGCCGUCGCCCUAACCGACUCGGAGCUCGCCGACAAUGCCUUUCCCAGCGAACAUGAGGGGGGCAUGUACGUCCCAGACAAGCGGUCAUGGAUGGACUGCAAGACAAGCGAUCAGUACAUGCUCUCUGGCAGUUCGCGACGCUCGCCGUCGCUGGAGCAGGCGUUCAGCCAGCGCCAUCGCGCCAUCAGCUUUGCGCCGAAGGUGACUUUGGAUGGCGGUGACCGCUUCCCCAUGGACGCGCCCCUUCCCAAGCCCGAUUCCUUCACAAGGCUGGGAGGCGCAGCCGUUGAAGAAGGCCACAAUGACCACGAGACAGCCCACUUCCGCAACAACAGCGAAACGGGCAAGGCACGCUACGAUACGCACACUGGAGAACCUAUGGACAUUCGCCGGCCGGGGUUGCCAUAUCGGACAGGUCAGUCUCGCCAUCCUUUGCUACAGGAGACGGUGGAUGAUCUGGCCAAGGACGCCGAAUUGGAGGAAAAUGACCGAGUGGCUUCUCUCACUUCUGGCACUACCGUGUCUACAAACGAUGGAUCGCUUACCCCGCUUGACUCUUCAGCCGACUACCUUCAGUCUCCUCUAGCCGCUUCUUCGCCAAUCGACUUCGCUUCUGCGCAAAGCUCGUAUUUCCCCACGUCGAGGAGGAGCAGCUUGAGAUCUAGGAGUUACUACUCGGACAAAGGAAGCUUGCGACGCAACAGCCGACGAACCUCGACUCGAUCCGGCCAUUCUUCGAUGUCCCCUGCUAGUGCGUUCUUGUCGCAGUGGGGUAAAGAAGAAGCUUCGUCAGUCAUCGAGCCGGAUGACGAGGGCCAAGAGAUCCCUGACCAUAGUGGGUACUUCAUCGGAAAGCAGAUUGGUUUCGGCGGCUUCAGCGUGGUGAAAGAGGUGUCAACGAUCCAGGACGGAGUGAAAAUCAUUCGGGCCGUGAAGAUCGUACGGAAGCAGGUGACGGGAAAGGAUGAAACGGAGAACGAGAAGCUGCAGACGGAGUUCGAGCAUGAAGUCGAGAUCUGGAGAUACUUGAAGCAUCCCUACAUUCUACCUCUGCUAACGGUCUACGAUACCCCAUUUGCUACUUUUUGUAUCACCAAAAUGAACACCGGCGGUACGCUUUUCGAUCUUGUCCGCGCGAAUCGCAAGGCAGGUAAUGCCGCUUUGCCCUCCAAGUUGGCAAAGCGUUACCUAUAUCAGAUUGCCUCGGCUCUCCGCUACUUGCACGAGGACGUCCAUGUCGUUCACCGCGACGUCAAACUCGAGAACUGCCUGCUCGACAUGUCUGACCCCGAGGCGAAGACGGAGGGGGGCAACGUUCUUGUCUGCGACUUUGGCAUGGCCGACUUCAUCACGAACGAAAAUCGAAACAUGCCGUCUCCCAUGGAAGAAUCUGCCUACGGUAACGUCGGUCCCUCGGACACCAGCACUUGCAUCAACGGUAGCCUGGACUACGCCUCGCCGGAGCUACUGCACGCUCGGACACCGCUGUACUCGACUGCCGUGGACAUGUGGGCAUACGGUGUGAUUGCGUACACGUUGCUCACAGGCAAGCGGCCUUUCAGCCACCACUUCCAGCCAGCGCUCGUCAUGCUCAUCACGAAAGGCGAAUGGGACGAGGAAGCGCUGCGGGAAGUCGGAGCUGACGAGGUUGCGAUCGAGCUCAUCCGCGGGUGCCUCGAGAUGGAUCCUCAGCUGCGGUGCACCGUCGCCGAUGUGUUGGAAUGUCCAUGGUUCGAUGGCUGCAGUGAGCUUUACGAAGACGUACGACGCGAAUGGGUAGACUCCACUUGA